UUUUGGAGUAAAAGCUUGCUGGGUGGUCUCGACGUUCCUUCAGAAAUUUCCCCCCCAAUUUCUGGACGUCAAGUACAUCCCGCUGCUGCAUCAGGUCCCGAACGUCAAUAGUAAAAGCUUUAUUACCAUGCCUUCGUGCUUCAGCUGCCUUGUUCCAAACCCGGUUCGCAAAACUGUGGCGAACGGUGACGCGAAGAGCAUCGAUGUCGAGAGUAAGAUACUGAGGACCCCGGCUCCCAACUUCCUAGUCCCACCACCGAGAACAAGUGUCGGAGAAUUCAUCCUCCGGAAGUUCAAAGCAACUCCGGACUUCGUGGCACAGGUCGAUGCCGUAACCGGGGUUGAGGACACUUACGGCCAGAUGUGGGAUCGCAGUGUGAGAACGGCACUCUGGCUAAGGAAAAAGGGCAUCAAGGCCGGAGAAGUGGUCGCAAUCUGCACCCACAAUCACUGCGACACUGUGAUACCGAUGUACGCUACUCUCUACUGCGGCGGAGCCGUCGCACCCUGGGAUCCGAUAAUGAACUGCAAGGACCUCAAGUACAUGAACGGGAUGUCGCAACCGAAGAUUGUAUUCUGCGACGAGGAGUCCGCCUGCACGGUUCUCGUCGCGUUAAGGGAGUCUAACAACGACGCUGAGGUCGUGGUGUUCGGAGAGCAUUCAAAAUGCACCUCCUUCCGUUCCGUGUUGGAUCAUCACACGGUGGAAGAUAUGGAGAACUUCAAAUGCUCGGAACUCGAAGACGACUCCCAAAUCGCUCUGAUCGUUUGCAGUAGCGGAAGUAGCGGGCUGCCAAAGGGGGUCGAGCACACGCACAGAACAGUCAUGCUCCAGUUCGGGGCGGUGAAGUUGCUCCAACUGGAGGGCAAGACUUGCACGGUGUUCUCGUCGCUCUAUUGGAUAUCCGGCCUGAUCGGCAUGUUCCUCUGUGUAGCGGGUAACAUGAAACGGGUGAUAACACCCGCCUUUGAAGAGGACUUCUGCAGUCAGCUGAUAGAAAAGUACAAGAUCAAUUGGGUCCUAAUGGGCUCGAGCAUUCUCAUAAGGUUGAUAUACUCCGGAUGCUUGGAAAAGUACGACAUGUCGUCACUCGAGAAGAUAUCCGGCGGUGGUGGUGUCGUCACAGCCGAGGCUUUCGGGAAGCUCAAGGCUACCCUGCCUAAGACUGUCGUCAUCCUGGGGUACGGGAUGACCGAACUCGGAGGAGCCGCCACCAUCCAGGACCCUAACUCCAAGCCCGGAUCCUGCGGACGCCCGGUUUACGGCAUCGCCUGCAAGGUGAUCGAGCGCUCUACCGGGAAGAUCCUGGGUCCAGGUGAGACCGGGGAAAUCUGUUGGCAGAGUCCGUGCAUCAUGAAGGGCUACCGAAACGACCCGGAAGCGACCGCGGAGGCCAUUGACAAGGACAUGUGGUUACACUCCGGGGACAUCGGGUACUAUGACGAAGACGGUCUGAUCUACGUACUGGACAAGUUGAAGGAGAUGAUCAAGUACAGGGGGAACCAGAUCGCCCCCGCUGAACUUGAAAGCAUAAUAAUUACGCACCCGGGAGUCAAGGAGUGCGCCGUCGUCGGGAAGCCGGAUAAAAUUGACGUUGAACGUCCUGUUGCCUUUGUCGUUAAAAAUCCUGGUGCGGAGGUCACCGAGAAGGAUAUCGUCGAUCUUGUCGCCUCCGAAGUUAUCGAGAGGAAACAGCUGAAGGGCGGCGUCAGAUUCAUCGACAAAAUGCCUCUGACCCCGAGCGAAAAACCGAAACGCACUGUUCUUAAGGAGAUGCUUAAGAACGAGGCGUAGGAACCAAGGUACAGGAAACGGAGGAUGGAUAACUUUCUUAUGGUAUUAUUUGUAUGCAUCGCGUGUGUGUUUUUUUAUAUGUAGAUUAACGAUUUGAGAUUGUAUUUAAAUACGUGUUUAGAAUUAGGCCACUUGUACUAGUUACCAUCUUUGGCUAUGAAACUUCUACUUUAGCGGGAACCGUUUUAGCUCACAGACAUACCGAUUCUGUCCCUUUCGCAUCCGGAAAAUUUAAUAUCGCGUACUGGUCUA